AGGUAGCAGCUCCCGGAGUCGGCUGGACGGAGACGGGGCGAAGAGAUCCUCCGUCUCCUGCACUGGGGUUGUUUUUAUUUCCCAUCCUGCCGUCCUCCUCCUGCGGGCUGAGUCCCGCCGCCUGGCUGGCUGCCCGCCCGCCCGGGUGAAGCUAUGGUGGACACCCGAGCGCAGGCACCGAGCGCGCCGUUUUAACUCGGCUGCCCCCGGGAUCCGGGCGGAGUUGGCCGGCCGGCCGAGGAGGGAGCGGACUGCGGCGCCAUGGAGGCGGAGGAGCCGCUGGUGGAGAGCGAGAGCUUCCUGCGCACUGAGGUCGAGCGCCUGAACCGGGAGCUGAGCGAAACGACCCAGGAGAAGAUCCAGGCGGCCGAGUACGGUCUGGUGGUGUUAGAGGAGAAGCAGAGCCUCAAACAACAGUAUGAGGAGCUGGAGAGCGAGUAUGAGACAGUCAAACAGGAAUUGGAGCAACUCCGAGAGGCUUUUGGUCAGGCAUAUAGCAACCAGAAGAAAGUAGCAGCUGAUGGAGAGAGUCGUGAGGAGUCCUUGAUUCAGGAGUCUGCUUCUAAAGAGGCCUAUUAUGUUGGGAAGAUUCUAGAACUGCAAACAGAACUAAAACAGUUGAAAAAUGUGCUCACCAAUGCCCAGUCUGAAAAUGAUCAUCUUGCUUCAAUCACACAGCAGCUAAAAGAGAGCAGUCAAGUUGUCGAACUCCAGAGAAAUCGCUUACGUGAUGAUAUUAAAGAAUAUAAAUUCCGUGAAGCAAGGCUUUUGCAAGAUUACUCUGAGCUUGAAGAUGAAAACAUUUCUCUUCAGAAACAAGUCUCUGUACUUAAACAAAACCAGGUUGAAUUUGAAGGUCUUAAACAUGAAAUUAAAAGACUUGAGGAAGAGACAGAAUUCCUCAACAGCCAAUUAGAAGAUGCCAUCAGACUGAAAGAAAUAGCAGAACGCCAACUUGAGGAAUCCCUGGAGACGUUGAAGAAUGAGCGGGAGCAGAAAAACAACAUGCGGAAAGAAUUGUCUCACUAUAUGAAUAUCAAUGAUUCAAUGUAUACUAGCCAAUUGAAUAUAUCUUUGGAUGGAUUGAAGUUUAGUGAUGAUGGCAAUGAGCCAAACAAUGAUGAGAUGGUUAAUGGUUAUGAAAACAGUCUCAGCAAAAUGAACGGUGAUAAUAAGCUCCCCACUCCUAAGAAAAAUGAUGUCUUUAAGCCAGCACCAAGUUUGGUGUCCGAUUUGCUAAGUGAAUUAAACAUUUCUGAAAUUCAAAAGCUGAAACAACAGCUGAUGCAGGUGGAAAGGGAGAAGAACUCCUUGCUUGCUACUCUCCAAGAGUCUCAGAAGCAGUUAGAACAUGCCAGAGGUGCUUUGUCAGAACAACAUGAAAAAGUUAGCAGACUCACUGAGCAUGUCAGUGCUAUGAAGAAACUGCAGGCUAGCAAAGAACGACAAACUUCACUUGAUAAUGAAAAAGAACGCGACAGUCAUGAAGAUGGCGAUUACUAUGAAGUAGACAUAAAUGGACCUGAGAUUCUGGAGUGCAAGUACAAGGUAGCGAUAGCUGAUGUAAAUGAACUGAAGGAAGAACUAAAAAAUCUGAAGGCCAAGUACACUGAUAAUGAGAACAAAUAUGAAAAGGAAAAGACAAGAAAUGAAAGUGAAAUCCAAGUAUUGACAGAAAAACUUACAUUACUGGAAAAAACUAAUAAACAGGACCGGGACCAGGUAAUCUGCCUUGAAAAGGAACUGAAGAAAGUGAGUGAAGUAGCUGAAGGAACCCAAGGUAGUUUGACUGUUGCUCAAGAUGAGCUGGUCACUUUCAGCGAAGAAUUAGCAAAUCUAUACAACCAUGUUUGUAUGUGCAACAAUGAGACACCCAACCGGGUGAUUCUGGAUUACUUCAAGGAAGGCAAAGGUGUUCGCAGUAGUCCAGAAGGUAAAGAAAGAAAAUCACCAGUUCUGCUGACAAAGGGACUUUUUCCAGGAGAGAUGGGAAAAAUUGAAAAUGGUAAUGGAGACACUGUAUCAUCAUCUGGUUCACCUUUGCCCUCCCCAUUGUCUUACUCCAGUGAUCCACGUAAAGAGCCAAUGAACAUUUACAACCUGAUUGCUGUCAUUCGAGACCAAAUCAAGCACCUUCAAAAAGCCGUUGAUCGAUCAACAGAACUAUCCAAACAACGUCCUACGUCGCCUGAACUUGGGUCAGUGGCAGACAAAGACAAAGAAGUAUUUAUGGAUGAGAUCUUGAAACUGAAGUCCUUGUUAAGUACCAAGAGAGAGCAAAUAGCAACACUGAGGACAGUACUCAAAGCGAACAAGCAGACUGCUGAAGUAGCCCUUACGAACCUGAAAAGUAAAUAUGAGAUCGAGAAAGCCAUGGUCACAGAGACCAUACUGAAGCUGCGUAAUGAACUCAAGGCUUUAAAAGAAGAUGCUGCUACUUUCUCAUCCUUGAGAGCCAUGUUUGCAACAAGAUGCGAUGAAUAUGUAAAUCAGCUGGAUGAAAUGCAGCGUCAACUUGCUGCUGCUGAGGAUGAGAAGAAGACUCUGAACUCUCUUCUUCGCAUGGCCAUUCAACAGAAACUGGCAUUGACUCAAAGGCUGGAGGACUUAGAGUUUGAUCAUGAGCAGUCCAAGCGUGGCCGAACCAAGUCGUGGACCAAAACCAGAGCUAACAACCCCAGUGUAAGUCAUGUUCGCUCUUGUGUUGUCAGACAAGAGGGAGUAGUUGUCAGCAACCAGAUGUAUUGCAAUGAGAAAUACAAAAUCUGCUGUGAUUGAUUGAUUGUGAUAUACAAGGGAUUCACAAGAGGUUGGAUAGUAAAUAGGUGUAAUGCUUUGGUGUGCAGCACAGUAUUAAUGCCCUGUUUUCUUAGCAUUGCAAUAUGUUAAUCUGUAUUGGAUUGUUAAUUGUAUGGAGAUGAAGUAAUUGGAUUAGUGUGGCAUAUACACUUUGUAAUUUAAGGCUUUAAUUGCGAUACCUGUACAUUAUAUGGGUACUGUGGUAUCUCUGAGCUGUCAAUUCAUUCUAUCAGCUUGCUCCCACACCACUGUCUGAAGUCUGUAUAGUACAAAUGUGCUUUUGUUUUUCUCAACCAGUUUGGUUUGCACUUCAUCUUCCAAACAAAGGGUUACAUUUAACAAUUAUGUUUUGCAUACGUUUACAGUAUUGAUAUAUGCAAAUUCAUCCCAUCUCCAUUUAACCUUCAAUUUUGUUUUACCAAAAUUGUAGUUAAGGUUGUGCAGUUUUAAAAAUAUUGAGAAUUGUAAUUUCCAGAAUAUAAAGGAUGUUGGAGUUUUAUAUCUACUAAUGCUGUUCUUGAACCCUUUUUUAAGUACAAUAAUGUGUGAAGAUUAUAUCCCGAGCAAGAGACAGAUUUUUGUCUGUGUAUUCCAGUAUUGGAAACACAGUACCAUGCUUCAGUGUUAGUUCAUGCCACUGGUGCUUGCAGGCUAUAAAUUUCAAAUUGUUUGUUUAUUCGAGCACAGGAGGUGUGGAACUCUGAAUUAUGUGAGACAAUAUAGGACAUGGAGGAAAUCCUCGUAUUAAAUACGAGUAAUUUCAAAGCUGGCAGUGAAUGUGUUAAUUUUUUGUUUCAUAAGAUUGUGCUUUGAAUUCAACAAAUACAGGGACUGUGACUGCAGCAGUAUACGUUAUUUACAUAGAACAGUAUGUCUGCGCUGACCAUAUUCUACACUAAUCCCAUCUGCUUGCACAUGGUUGGUAUCCCUGUAUUCUCUGCCUGUUCAUGUGUCUGCCUAAAUAUCUCUUACACAUUGCUAUUAUAUUUGCUUCUACCACCUCCCCAAUAACGUGUUCCAGAUGACUCUCUAAGUUUUCAAAGAAAACUUGCCUUGCACCUCUCCUUUUAAACUUCCACCUUAAGUUUAUGUAUCCAUGUUCCUCAUAAUUUUAUAUACUUCUAUCAGGUCACCCCUCAGCCUCUGACUCUUGUGAAGACAAUCCAAAUUUGUCAAACCUCAUACACUCCAAACCAGAUAAAAUCCCCGCAAAUCUCUUUUGCAUCCUGGUCUAAAGCCUUCCUACAGUGUGCUCACCAGAAUUGCACAUUACACUUCAAAUGUAGCCUAAAAUAUUAUACAGUUGCCCCAACAUUACUUGCCACCUUUUAUACUCAAUAGCUUGAUUGAUGUAGGCAAGCUUGCCAUAAACCUUCCUAACCAUCAUCUUCACUUGUGUUGCCACUUUCAGGAGUUAUGGAUUUACACUCAAAGAUUCAAUACUUCUAAGGGUCCUAUCAUUUACUGUAAACUUUUCUCUUGCUUUUGACCUCCCAGAAUGCAUCACCUUGCUUGUCUGAAUUAAGUUCUAUUGGCCAUUUCUCUACCCAACUUUCCAACUGAUCUACAUCCUGCUGCCUUUGACAACAUCCUCACUAUUCACAGCCUCCAAUUUUCAUAUUGGAAAGUUUAAUAACAGUUGGAGCAUUUGAUGCUGUUAAUUUAAAUAAGCACAAAGUGAAGCGCACACAAUGGACUGAGGGUGCACCAAAUUGGGUAAGAACUGUUGUCAAACAUAUGCUGUCUGGCACAAAUUUCCUUCACCUCGGCAAAUCCCUCCUGAAGCAAUAUAAGAAACUAUUCCAUAUCCUGCCAUUUCUCAUUGUCAGUAGCUUUGUGCUUUUAAUACCCCCACAUUGCAUAUAAGUAGUUGGGAGAUUUGUGUUAAUAAUAUGAAAAUACAGACAUUGCCUAUCUUGUGGUUCCAAAAACUUAUCAUACUAUGACUUGGAAUAUUCAUAUCUUGUUUCACUUCAUUCUUUAAAUAAACUUUAUUCAUCUCCAUUUUCUUACUUUAAAAAGAUCGAAUACAAAAUAGCUACAUGCUAGCAAUGUAUUUAAAUUGUAGAUCCAGAUUUCUAAAUGAAUAAAGUUAAACUAUUUUGUAUACUAACUAGCCACAGUGGGUCAAAAGACUGCAAUUGAAGACUCUUCUGCUCCCAGUUCAUACUGAUGUUUAUGUAUCACUCACUAGUGUUUUGUAGGUAGUAAGAAAUAUUUAUCAUUUCUAGAAUCUGAGUUCUACAGUAAAUGAACAAUAAUUUCUGCUGUUAAUAUUAAAUGUUGAUUUGCCAUUUUUCCCAUUUGGUGCUACUGAUUGCGAGUAUGAGUUCACAGACAAAAUAACAGAACAAGCUUUGUUCUUUUAGCUACUCUCAGUGCACUAUUACAAAUUACUGUUCUGUCUGAGAGCUUUAAAAUUACCUUAAAGUAGAAUUUAAAGAAUUUUUUCUUCAAUAACUUAUGACACAGCAGAGCUAAUGAAGAGUUGAACAUUUAAAAAAAUUUUUGGAGCAACUUGUGAUAAUGAACCAGAAAUUUGCCAUUGUUGAAAUCAUGUAAACAAAGUAUUUGUUAAAUUCAGUCUUGGUUUAGUUUUCUGUGCUGUGCAAUCCUUUGAAGGCCUUUGAUCUACAGAUAAUUAACUUCUUUACAUUGUGGGCAAAGCACCAGUGGUUUGAAUUAACCUAGCAUUUAGAUAUGUGAUAUUUAACGUUUUUACUAUAUUUGAAGCAGAUGCACAGUUGCUCCCAUAUUUCAAGAAUAUUUUAAUGCAGUGAUUUCCCUUUACAAAACACAAGUAACAAAUUUGACACUUUAAGGCAGAUAUGUAAAACAACUUGGGCAGAUGUUCAAAAUGUGUCUCAAGUUAUAAUUCAAUAUUGUGAUUUGAUGUGACCAACUUGCUGUAAAAUUUAGAAUAUGCAUCUAUAUACAUAGUGUUACCUAAUUGCUGUUAUGACUCAGCAGGUGAAAUCCAUAUAAUGCCUACCUCUGUAGCAGGCUGUCUAUCCUUUGGCUUCUGGCUGUAUUUGCUAUUGCUUAUAGAAGUCUGCAUACAAGUCUGCAUGUGUCUCUUAUCUAAUGACUUUGUAAACCUAUUCCUGUGAUAAAUAAUCUCUUUGCAUGGCCAACAUCAGGUCACUCAAUACUUGUGAGGUCAACUUCCUAUAAAUGGUCCUCAACAUGUUAUACGUUUGUGUAUGCUUUAUGUUCCAGAGUAAUUCAAAAAUGGUCAGUUUUGAUUGCUAACAGCCCACAGUUUGCAUUAACAGAUUAAUGUGACUAGCAAAACCUUGUGCUAUGCAUUCUUCUUGAAUUGCUUCUUGUGCAAGUGGUAAUUUAUAAUGAGAGUUUUGGCUAAUUUUUUUUAUUUUCCCUUUUUCAGCGAUAAAAGUCCCUGGAGCAGGACUUUGCAGUCAAGAGUGCAGUUUUAAAAAAAAAGUUCUAGUGUAGUCCAUUGCACAAAAUGACCUAAUAGUGAAGAGAACACUAUUGAACCACAUUAAUAAUAGAGGCAGUAUAUUUGCUGCCUUAUGUUGUUUGCACUACAAGUUGCAAACAUGAACAAAAUUACAUUAUUAAAAUGGCUGCUGCAGGAAGAGAAACUCACAAGUGUUGAAGAAAUCUUCAAUAAUUUGAUUAACAUUAUGCUUUAUGAUAUAAUAUUACACAAUAUUGAGAUGUUAUAAUAUUCAUAUGUUUCCCAGUUAUUCAUUGAUUUUAAUCAGAUGUUAAACCUGUGCACUUUUGAUAUUUUUUUAAUUAUUAGAAAGGUAGAAAAUGCUGGAGUUUGUUGAUAUAACUCUACCGGUAGUAUCUUUACUUGGUGUGAUAGGGUUCUGCAUCUGCAUGCUGCAGAGGAGUCAGUUAUAUUUUUAACCUGUGUUCAAAUUAUAUUUUUACACUACCGGGAUUUGUGCUUCAGCAUUUUCUCCAUUAGAAUUUUUGUUUUGCAUAUGUUAACUGCCACUUCUAAAAUCCAGGGUGAUCCAAUUCUGGGGUUUUCUUGCAUAUUAUUCUUAGGAAUAGCUCAAUGUAACAAGGAAAAAAACUUGACUUUUUUUCUGGUAAUGGUAAUAAGCACUUGAAAAGUAGUAUUACCAACAAAUUCCAGGAUUUCUGGGUAUUAAAAAUAUCAAGUAUCAUUGAUUUAAUAGAAUUUUUUACAAAGGCGCCAAAUAAAUUCCAUUUUGGAAUUGUCUCCUUAUUUCUUUUUUGUUAUUGUGCCAAAACUUGGUACACCUAGAAGAAAAAUCUAAAAGAUUGUUUGUUGUGGGGUGUUCUGUUUCCAUGCCUUCAUUUUGUUAAUCCUGCCAGUAGUGCCUUUGAUGAUUUUGAACAGUGUGCUUGUUCCUACAAUUGUUUUUGCAAACUAAAAAGUAUUCAAAUUUCAAAAAGGAUUAAGCAAUAAGUGCAACUGAGAACCCCCCUUUUGCACACAAUUUCCACUGUAGUCUUAAUUUUACAAAUAAAUUGUAUGAAAUUCUUUUAUGUUGAUGAUACUUCUGAAAUGCAGAUUCAUGCAAAUUCAGGGGAUGCUAUUUUGGGAACCAAAUCAAGUGAGUUUGGACUCCUAACAGACACAAUAAAUUGUAUUAACACAUUUGUGGUUACAGUACAGAUGACUGUAUCACACGUAUCUUAGCUUUGGUGAUGGACGCAAAUAACUGGUAUUGUUAGCAGAUGUGAAAACAUUAAGACAUUAACUUUCCUUACCAGCUGUGUAAUCAUUGUGUAAGUUCAGCAAACAGAAAAUAGAUGCUGCAUCAACAAACCAUAAGCCAUGGAUUAAACUGGUGAGGUUUGUUGAGGACAACUUCUGACAAAUUGGUUGAAUAUAGAAAUAACUUUAAAUAAAGUGCAAUUUAAAUGAUGAAUUUUACAUUAUUGUGAAAGAUAUUUUCUGUUCGCUGGAAGAAUGGUGUGGUUCUUAACUUUUUUUGUUACAGUAUUGAUCAUAUGCUCAGUAACAUUAAAAAUGUACUUCAUGUGGGUAUUUAUUUGAAGCAAUUUUCACAGUACUGUAUUAUUUUUAUGUGCAUUAUCAUUUAGUGGCAGGUUGGCUUAAACAUAAUGUUAUAUGCAUGUGUGCCAGCCUAGAGACCUUUACACAGAUUUUUUUACAUAAUUAAUUGAAGUUUUUUAAACUGUGUGGAACUAAAGGCUUCAUAGACUUUGAAAUAUUGAACAUUGGACUUGCAAACAUGUAAAACCUGACAAAAGAUUUCUUGUACCAGGAUUGUAUCUGUGUAAAGGUAAUCCUAUUGGCUAUGUCAAUAAAUGUGAUUACAAAUAAAA